AUGGCCCACCCCAAUGUCGGUUUGACAGCCUGUCAAGCCGACAUUGGGGUGGGCCACCCGUUGCCUCACUCAAAGGUCGGCUGGAUGGACCAUACAUAGGGUAAUGACCCACCACCCACCCUCAUCUCGUGGCCAGCCUGGCCAGGAUCACGGCCGUCUCUCGAGGGAAGCAACAGGUUGUCUGCAUGCAGUGAUGCAGUGAUUCACCAGUGAAUGAAUUGAUUCACAAUGAUCCAUCAUUGAUUGACUCAUUGCUUGAUCACAUGAAUUCCCAUCAUCAUUCUCAUCGCAAAACGGACUUUUGCCUUAGGGUAUAAACGGAAAAUGCAUUCACGCAAGGAACAUGCAUGCGAAGAGUCUUCCAUGCACACCACAUGGAAAUGAGUCAGUCAGAGAAUCCAUCCCUCUCAUCGUCCACAUCAUCGUGACCAGAACUUCGCCCAGCACUGGGUCACAGAGACCCUCGUCGGCUGGAGGGGCGAGAACUUCAAGCAUGACGUCACCCAUCUCGCGAUUGCUGAUGGCGCACAUCGUGUCGUCGCGUUGCUGGUGAUUUUGUACCGCUACAUCAUCUACGAGAUCCCUCUCCCCGCCCCGGUCAAGACCUUCUACAAGCAGGGCCUCCUCAUCGAGAUCCGACCAUUCCAGAGCAAGGACGAGGCAGAGCUCUUCAACGAAGGUCAGAGGGGGGGCCACCUUGACCGCAGAGUGGGCCGGCGGUCAGACGAAACAUACCUUCCCUGGUUUGCCGCUGGGACAUCUGUAUGAGUUGGUUAAUGAGUGGACAAAUGAACCGGGAGCACUCUGCGGCAUCAGAGAGGCGAGCACCACCCCACCUCAGGCCAUCUGUCCAUUGCAUGGUCGUUGCUUGUUGUGUCCGCCGUUCAGGUCGGUUGUACGCAGCCGAGAAGAAGAUGCACAGGACCGCCCUGCAGCAGAAGUCUCUGUGGAAGAAGCAGCUCAGCCGCUUUCUGACAGUGGGCGGUCAGGAGGGGUGGACAACGACACACACCAGCGGCAAGUACGCCGGCCAGCCGCACAGACAACGGAGGCCGACGAGGGCCUCUGGUCACGAUGAUGUGGACGAUGAGAGGGAUGGAUUCUCUGACCGACUCAUUUCCAUGUGCAUGUGCAUGGAAGACUCUUCGCAUGCAUGUUCCUUGCGUGAAUGCAUUGUGCAUACGUUCAGUCAUCGAGGAGAAACGCAUGGGGUUUCUCAUCCUUUUGAGGUGUUUUUCACACAGGUAGCUUCUGUUUGUCUCAAUCUUCCCCCUCCCCCCCAUCAUUUAUCGAAAGGUGAGAGGUCUGCAAAAAAGACUGCCACUUGGGACGUGCGCGACACCAAAAUAAACAAAGGCAGGCACAGGGCGUGGCAGGUAGGAAAAGGCGAUUCGAAGGGAGGCGUGAAGAGAAGCAUGAAGGGAGACAGACUGAGAUAGAGGGAGGGACGGCCAGGAAACAAUAUGAAUGCUACACCACCGACCGGUAUCCCACCGCCACUGGUGCGACACAAGCAAGGGCGGGGAGCGGCGGACCGGCUCCAACAGACCUUUAGCAGUAGUCAGACAUCUCUUGCACUUCUAUCCUUCUGACCCAUAUUUAGCUGACCCGCUCAACAUGCCCUGUACGCUGUAUAGACACUCACUGCAUUCCCAUCAGUCGACAUAUCAAUUGACAAUAAAACACGCAAGGACACACACAAGCAUGGGCACGACAAGAGCUUUGUGCUCACAUGCUAUGGAUGCACGGAUCAAUGGCGCACACACAUGAAUGCGGGAAGACCCGCAUACCGGAGCACAAAUGUGGGAGCAUAUGUGUGUAAGCUGAAAUACUGCGUCGCGGCCAUCAGCACGGUGAGAGAAGGCGGCAAUGCGGUCAAAGAAACACCAACACGCCUGCCAGACAUACACAGGAGCGCUCAGACGAGUAGAUCUGUGUGCCGGAAUCCUGCGUGACGGUCGACGCGCUCUCCACGACAAGGCAAGGUCUGGGCGAAAAGCUGCAUGGCGAGCUAAAAAGCUGGCGAU